AUGUCCAUGAACUUGAUGAAUAUGCUAGUUCAUGCUUUGAAGAACAUUUAUUCGAUCAGCCGGCAUCCUGAAUUCCGUUACAAAACAGAGUUUCAGAGUCACGAGCCCGAGUUUGACUACCUUAAGAGUUUGGAGAUAGAAGAGAAAAUCAACAAAAUCAGAUGGUGCCAAAUAGCUAAUGGUGCCCUUUUCCUUCUCUCGACAAAUGAUAAAACCAUCAAAUUUUGGAAGGUUCAAGAAAAGAAGGUCAAGAAAAUUGCUGAGAUGAAUGUUGACCCUUCUUUGAAAACAAUGGGAAAUGGCAGUAUUGCUAGUUCAAGUAAUUUAAGUAAUCCUAAGCCAAGCCUUGAAAAUGGAGGAUAUCCUGAUUCAGAUAGAUCAUUCAACUAUCUUAGCUCUGACUUCUCAUUUCCACCCGGAGGCAUACCGUCACUAAGUUAUAUUGUUUUGUUUCUACUUGUCAUUGUUCUUUGUUGUUUAAAGAAAAAAGAUAAUGGAAGCUCGAGAGUUGUUAAAGCGAAGGGACCUAGUGGUGGUGGUGUGGUGGUGGUGGUGGUGGUGGAAGGACAGAAAAACCGAAAGAAGAGUUUGGAAGUGGCGUGCAAGAAUCUGAGAAAAACAAAUUGGUUUUCUUUGAGGGCUGUUCUUAUAAUUUCGAUCUCGAGGAUUUGUUGA